CUGAGACCGAUUCAGGGAAGAUUUGAGCAAAUCGUACAGGUGAGCUGGACAGGGGACUUGCCGCCGAUAUGAGCUGCACCAUCGAAAAAAUCCUGACAGACGCCAAGACGCUACUGGAGAGGCUGCGGGAGCACGAUGCAGCCGCCGAGUCGCUGGUGGAUCAGUCGGCGGCCCUGCACCGGCGAGUGGCCGCUAUGCGGGAGGCGGGGACGGCGCUUCCGGACCAGCGCGCUUAGUCUGUCUCUGUUUGUCCAGUAUCAAGAGGAUGCAUCCGAUAUGAAGGACAUGACCAAAUACAAACCUCACAUUCUGCUGUCCCAAGAGAACACACAGAUUAGAGACUUGCAGCAGGAAAACAGAGAGCUGUGGGUUUCCUUGGAGGAACACCAGGAUGCUUUGGAACUCAUCAUGAGCAAGUACCGGAAACAGAUGUUACAAUUAAUGGUUGCUAAAAAAACAGUGGAUGCUGAACCAGUCCUGAAAGCUCACCAGUCUCACUCUGCAGAAAUUGAAAGUCAGAUUGACAGAAUCUGUGAAAUGGGAGAAGUGAUGAGGAAAGCGGUUCAGGUGGAUGAUGACCAGUUUUGUAAGAUUCAGGAAAAACUAGCCCAAUUAGAGCUUGAAAAUAAGGAACUUCGAGAAUUAUUGUCCAUCAGCAGUGAGUCUCUACAGGUCAGAAAGGAAAACUCAAUGGACACUGCUUCCCAAGACAUCAAAUAACUGAAUUCUGAUGGCUAAAGAUUAUCUAUCAUGGAAGAGAGUUACUAUCUUCCCAUUCAAUUAUUGUCCAUUCGGUGUCUUGCCUCAGACUUGAUUUAGUGUUGAUUAAAGGUAUCAGGUGGCGUUUUAGAAUUUCCAUUCAGUAUUGGCUGUCCACAAAACAGUUUUCAGGUGUAUUAAUGCAAAUACACACUGAGUUUUACUACUUCUUUCUCCAAAAGACUGCUUUUAAUUUUCCUUUCUGGGACCUCAGUUUACGUAAUCAGUGUUUUCAGGUCAUUUUGUUUUUCAUAACUCUGAAACUGAGCAUUUUCUUAUAAACCAGCAAUUUUAUUUUAUAUAGCAUUAUAAAAUACACUUCUAAGGAUUUUUAAAAGAGAUCUAAUUUUUUAAAUCUAUUUAGCAUAUACUUGGAUGAGAAAAGUAAUAGUUCCACAGAAUUAGUUGGGCGAGUCUCUGAUUUGUAACGUCAUUUCACCUGUGAAGGUUUAGGUCUCUCUGGUGCUGAGAGUUGGCACUUUUUGACCUGGUGUCUUUACUCUUUAUUUGAGAGAACUACUGUUAGUCCCCAAUAAACAUACGUGAAGUAAGUUAACAAUUUUUUCUCAGUGACAGUAUAAUUAUCAUAUGUAAAGUUCAUAUUGUUCAAAGCUGAGGAACUUGUCCUCUGUAUGUGCACGCACACAUGUGCACUUAAUUCAAAUGCUAAAAGUAGCUUUUAUUUAUUCUAUUAAAUAUAAGUAGUCAAAAACAAAAAACACAAAGAUAGUCAAUUUUUCAAUUGUGUUCUACUAAGAAAUCUUCAAAUUACAUAGUUCAUGUAGUGUGAAGAGGAUAUCAUAAAUUUAUUCACAUUCUAGUUCUUGGGUACUAUAUUCUACUGUUUAAUUGUAUAUAACUUCCAUUUUAUAGUUAAGAACCAUCACUUGUGUGGAUGUCUUUCAUUACUAGCAAUAGUGGUUGGUUUUUUAUUUAAGAACCAUUUUUCACACAGCAGUAGUUUCAUUAUUUUAAUGAGAGUUAUUACAUUCAUAAUGCUAUAUAGGCAACAACAGAGGAACAUUUUUUUUUGUGAUAGAGUUUCACUAUGUUGCCCUCAGUAGAGUGCUGUGGUUGUAGUUGUCAUUGUUGUUUGGCAGGCCUGGGCUGGGUUCAAACCUGCCAGCUCUGAUGUAUGUGGCUGGCACCUUAGCUGCUGAGUACAGGCACUGAUCCUAAUAGAGGAACAUAAUUACUCAAAUGCUCAGCAGUCAACUAGGUUCACUCAUCAACUCAUUCCCCUGUCAGUUUACUCACAUCUCAAAUUGAUAAAUUACUUCCUGUUACACUAUCUAUUGAGAUUUUCCAAAAGAUAGUUGAAGUAAUGGAUGCUAAACCUGUCAACAUUUUUCAGUAUAGCAUCAUAACUGCAUGAGACACAGUAUAAGAGUUUUUAUAUGUGAUGUAAAAUUUCUUUUUUACAGCUAUAAAGAACAAACUCCAGUUAAAACAACACAGUGCCUCUAAGGUAUCCUAAAAGCCCCUGAUCCCACUAAUACCAAUGGAUUUUGCCUAGAGUAAGGGCAUUAACAAAUAGGUAUAUGUUAUUCUAGAUGUCCAACCUGCAGCAUGCUGAUUUAGUGAAGACUUUUUUAGCUUAUCUGUGGUGUCAGAUACUACAGAAAGUAUUCAUGGGCCUUUUCCUUGCUACUCAUCUUUUAUUAGUUUACUGUGGCCCAAGACUACUCUUAUUCUUACAAAGUAUACUAGAGAAAAAAAAAGUUGGAUACCCCUGUUUUAGAAUCUGCCAAAUUUGUUUGAUGUCCUGCAUAGAAUUUGACUGAAAAACACUCCACCCCCAAGUAUGAGCAUUUUUAAUUUUAUUUCAUAGGAGCCUUGAAAUACGCCAUAAGUCACCCCACAAGUCCAUUCGGGAGGCAGGUAACCUAUACCAUUUGUCAGCCAUGGUCAGGUUUCAGUGAAAAUGAUAAAGUAAUCAAAUGGGCUCAUUAAGGUAUAAUAUGGUGUCCUUUUAUUUGCCUUAUGUUCUUUUAGGGUUGUUUAUAAAGUUCUUUACAUCUCAGGUAUCAAUGAAUCUUCAUGUUAACCUUUCCCCCUAGAAUAUAAAAAGCUUGAAGUAUGAGUCUAAAGAGCUUUCAGUAGUGUACAUAAUAUAAAUUCUGGCUGGUGUUAAUGCUAUCAUGAUAAUGUGUAGUUAGAAAACUGAGUCAGGGAGGAAUGCUUUUCACAUUGAGUGGAUUUUAAAGUUUCUUUUGCAGUGGACAGUGGAAUUUGGUGUGUAAAAUCUUAGUUCAAAAUUAUCUUUUCAUUCAGAUUAAUAUGAGGGUACAAACAGUUCAAAAUUAUCUUUUCUAAUAAAAACCUCAUUUUGAGAAGAUAAGCUAAUUUUACUCAUUACGGAGUCUAAUUGUUAGGAAGUGCAGAGGGUUUUUUCACGUGUCUGUAUAUAUAUAGCAACUUUGUCCAGUAGUCAUGACAAGAGUUUUGUAAAUAAUUUGUAAUUAACACAAUAUAUUCAGCAGUGUAACUACAAAUAGUACCUUGUAUUAGUAAGGUAUUAACUACAUACAGUAUUUUAUGCAUAAUUCUUAUAUUCCUUAUGUAUAAUUCAGAUCAAACAUCAAAGGUCUGUUUUAGCAUUCCUUAAAAUGUGGUUCACAGACCUACUGAAAUCAAAAUUUAGGGAUGGGGUCCAGGAAUUUGUAGUUUAAUAAUCAUGCCAGACAUUUCCUAAAGACACUAGUUUAAGAAUGCCUAGUCUGUAUGCAUGCAUUUCAUUAAGAGUUAUGAAUAGAAAAGUAGGAGGAAAAAAUUGUCAUUGUUUCCAAAGAAAAAUCAGGAAAGGGAGACAAGCAAGUGUAUGUAUAUAAUUACAGUGCAGUGUGAUAAAUGCAGUAAGUAUGUAUAGGAUACAGAAGAGGGACUGUUUAUACUUGAGAGUCCAAUAGAACAAAUGGGUAGGAAUAGAAGUAGAAAACCUUGGGGCCACAAAAGCCACGUAUGAUGCUAUUGUCAAUAAUGGCUACCAUAAAACGGAGUGCUUUUACUGUGUGUCAAGUCCUGUAUGAUACAAUCUCCAUUUCAAUUAUACCUCGUUUUACAGAUACUCAGGCACAAGGAAGUUGUUAUUUGUCCAAACUGGAACCAUGAUUCUAGCCCAGGAAGACUGAAACAUAAUUCAUAACCACUAACUUAAGAUGCCUUUAAAUGCCAUGUACUGUUCAGAGUUC